AUGGGUUCUCAGUGGCAGCCGUACCAGGACCCCUUGAUGGGACAUCCUGCGCAGUUCAACAAUGGAUUGGCGUCUACUCCGCAACAAUUAGGCCCCAAGUAUGGUGGUCAGCCGCAACAGUCUCAGCCGCCCGUGGGAUAUACCUAUGAAGCCUUCCAAACGCCCGGAACAGCAGCGAAACCUUCUUCGGCCGGCGCAAACUCCAAAUCGGUAUCUAUGGCGUCGUCACCAGCCGCAACGCCACGUAGCCGCGAUUAUGUCACCGAUGCCGAUACCACCAUGGAGGAUGCGGACCCGUACAACAGGGCGAAGUACUCUGCGCGACCGACUCAUCAUAGUCGACCAUCGUCUCAAUUCUUCUCUCCUGAGGAGUCCUCGGCUGCCCGAAGGUACUCCCCGAUGAAUGUUCUGUCGCCGUCCUUGUCUUACAAUACUAGUCCUGGAAAGUCUCAGAACUCAUAUGCUUUCCCACCCGGGCCAAACAACUCUCGCCGGUCGCCGACCAGAGCUCUGAACUACUCCUCCCCCCCUCAGCCAUUUCAGUCGCCUCCCUCUGUGUCGCGUCCUCCUCGGCUUCCUCCGCUGCAGCCUACCGAGAUGGGCUCCGACCAAUUCUACCCGCCUUCAGCAGGAUCUCAAAUCCCCCGGUCGGGAUCCAUGUCGGGUGCGAGCAAGCAAGCCGGUCGAGGGCCAGUGCCGAAGUUCCAAAAGAUCAAGUCGGUUCAGGAGCUCCAACCCCGCAUUAAUGCGCAGCCUCCAUACAGGCGUGCCAAUCCGGAAGGUGGUUUCAUUAGUCCCCUUCAAGCGUUAACCUCCCAUCUUCCGGCCACAUACCGUAUCUGCAAUCCAAGCUUCAAUUACGAGUCUUCGCGGAAUCCCAGACGUGUCCUUACGAAACCAAGCAAGGGAGUCAAAAACGACGGCUAUGACAAUGAGGACAGCGAUUAUAUUCUCUAUGUGAACGACAUUCUUGGAAGUGAAGAAGCAGGUCACAAGAAUCGUUACCUCAUUCUCGACGUGUUGGGCCAGGGGACGUUUGGUCAAGUCGUCAAGUGCCAGAAUCUGAAAACCCAAGAGGUUGUUGCCGUGAAGGUCAUUAAGAAUAAGACUGCAUACUUCAAUCAGAGUAUGAUGGAAGUCUCGGUCUUGGACUUGCUUAACAGCAAAUACGACAAGCACGACGACCACCACUUGCUUCGUUUGAAGGAUACUUUCAUUCACCGGCAGCAUCUCUGUCUGGUCUUUGAAUUGCUCAGCGUCAAUCUUUAUGAAUUGAUCAAGCAAAACCAGUUUCGUGGUUUGAGCACGACUCUCGUCCGUGUUUUUGCCCAGCAACUUCUCAACGCGUUAAGUCUGCUAAACAAGGCGCAUCUGAUUCAUUGUGAUCUCAAGCCCGAGAACAUAUUACUGAAGAAUCUUGAGAGUCCAAUUAUCAAAGUCAUCGAUUUCGGCUCUGCUUGCGAUGAGCGACAAACUGUCUACACGUAUAUCCAGUCAAGAUUCUACCGUUCCCCCGAGGUGUUGCUUGGCUUACCUUACUCGUCUGCAAUCGAUAUGUGGUCUCUCGGUUGCAUCGUCGUCGAGCUCUUCCUUGGUCUGCCUCUUUUCCCUGGCUCCUCCGAAUACAAUCAGGUCUGCCGAAUUGUGGAAAUGCUCGGUCUACCCCCGACGUGGAUGCUUGAAAUGGGCAAGCAGUCCGGUGAAUUCUUUGAGAAGACCCAAGACGAGUUCGGUCGCAAGACAUACCGACUGAAAAGCCUGGAACAAUACUCCCGGGAACAUAACACGAAAGAGCAACCGAGCAAAAAGUAUUUCCAGGCUUCUACGCUUGAAGAAAUCAUCCGAAGCUAUCCAAUGCCUAGGAAGAAUAUGAAGCAAGCCGAGAUCGAGCGAGAAUUGAACAAUCGAGUUGCUUUCAUCGACUUUGUUCGUGGACUGCUGUCAAUCAACCCUCUUGAGCGAUGGUCGCCCCAACAAGCCAAGCUGCACCCUUUCAUUACGCAGCAGAAGUUUACAGGGCCCUUCGUGCCGCCAAUGAAUCUGAAAUAUUCCUCGCUCAACAAAACUAUUCCACCUGGAAUACAGCAGCAACAGCAGGCUGAGGCUGCUAGCAAACAGCGAGCGGCCCAGGCGGCACAUGCACAGUCAGCGGCCCAAAAUGCAUACUCGAUGCAGAUGAAUCAGUUCCAUACACCCUCUCAUGGCCAACCCCCGCCCAUGUACAACGGCAUGUUUACCGGCCAUCAGCAAGGCGCCCCUCCUCCAUAUCCUGCCCAGCCGCCGGGCUACGGCCAUCAAAUGAACAUUAUGCCCGGCCAGAUGCCUCAAUCGCAAUAUGCACCGUCUCAGAGUCUCUACGCUCAAGCAACCACUAGAGCUGGUCGCCAACGCGCAUCCACCAUGGACCAUCAGGGAGGAGGAAUCCCGCCAACUAUUCAACGCGUUGCCAGUCACCUGGACCCGAAUGCCCCCAUUCGACUCCAGCCCAGCCCAGCGUAUUACCCGCCACCUCCUGACGGAUAUGUCGACAACAAUGCUCAACGACGCAGGGGAAGCCGUGCAGGGGCCGGUCAACGUAACCGAGACUUCAUUCGGACUCUCGAGGACGGUGUCCUUGGCGGCGACAGCUAUAUGAACCAGAGCCAGUGGCACUGA